AUGCUCCAUCAGUUUAAUCCUUUUGUAAUUAGGUUCAGACAACUGUCACAACUUCCAAAUAUCGGUGAAUGUAGCUUCAUACUUAAAGAGCGUCCAAGUAAUCACCAUCAAUAUAAUCUUUCAACUGCAGAACAAGUUGCGACAGUUAUUGUUGGAGGAGAUUCAGAUUCUAUGGAAUAUGGAAGGAAUAUUAAUGUCAUUCGUCGUGAUGGAAAUCUAAAGAAAGUUCAAGAGACAAAGGGAUAUUAUGAUCUGUGUUAG